AUGAGCCAAAGUCGGCAAUCAGCACAUGGUAGAUCUGGAAAAGAAAAUGCUGGAAGAGGACCUGAAGGUGUAAAGAUGAAUUUCAGCACUUCUUCUUUAUCUCAUUAUGUAGGAGUUGGCCCUAAACAUCAUAACAGUGGAAAAUUUGGCACUGGCAGCCUCUUUAAUUUUGGUGGACACAAAAGAGUUUCCAUUAGUUCAGGCAGCGGAAAAGCCCCAGGAUCCAACAAAACAUUUGGAGGAGACUGCUACCCUGUUUGUCCCCCUCGUGGAAUUCAGUCUGUUACAAUAAACCAAAGUCUUCUUCAACCCCUUAACGUAGAUAUUGAUCCAAAUAUCCAGAAGGUGCGCUCAGAAGAAAAGGAGCAGAUCAAAUCACUCAACAAUAAAUUUGCGUGUUUUAUUGACAAGGUUCGGUUCCUGGAGCAACAAAAUCAGAUUCUGGAAACAAAAUGGACCUUUUUACAAGAACAGGGCCAAAAAUUUGCCUCUAAAAGAGAUAACAUCAAACCAUUGUUUGAAGCAUAUAUUGGCAACCUGCAUAAACAGAGUGAUGGUUUAAAGAAUGAAAAAUGUCGCUUGGAUGGGGAACUGAAGCACAUGCAACACGUAGUGGAGGAAUUCAAGUCUAAGUAUGAAGAAGAAAUUAAUAUAAGGACAACUGCUGAAAAUGACUUUGUGACACUGAAAAAGGAUGUGGAUGUUUUGUUCAUGCAAAAGGCAGAACUGGGGACCAAGGAAGAUUCUCUAAUCGAUGAGAUCAAUUUCUUAAGGGCUCUUUAUGAUACGGAACUGGCUGAAAUUCAUGAACAACUUGCUGAUACUUCUGUUGUGCUGUCUAUGGAUAACAACCGGGAUCUGGAUUUGGCCGAUCUCAUUAGUGAAGUGAGGUCUCAGUAUGAGGAAGUUGCUGCCAGGAGCAGAGCUGAAGCGGAGACAGCCUAUGACAAAAAGUUUCAGCAUUUGAAGGAAACAGCAGGGCAACACGGAGACUGUGUGAAGAAAAGCAAGAAUGAGAUGCAGGAGCUGAACAGCAUGAUCAAGAGACUGCGCUCAGAAAUUGACAGUGUGAAGAAACAGAUUACUGCACUAGAGACAGCCAUCUGUGAAGCAGAGACGCGUGGUGAGCUUGUUCUAAAAGAUGCCAAAGCAAAAAUGGCAGAGCUGGAAGCUGCUUUACAAAAGGCUAAGCAAGACUUGGCCGGCCAAUUACGCGAGUAUCAGGAGCUGCUGAAUAUUAAACUGGCCCUGGACAUUGAGAUAGCCACUUAUAAAACGCUACUGGAGGGAGAAGAAAGCAGGUUAGUUCUCUCCAUAACAUUAUAUACAAAAACUCUCAUUCAAAACAAAUGCGUCGUCUGCCAAACUCCUCACAUAAAACAAAUGCAUAAAACCAUUUUUAUCAAUGUUGGGGAUAGCAAUAUUUUAUCAGUCAUCAUUUACUAA